AUGAGUGGAUCUAAAGGAAACCCACCACCACCCCCUCAACAAUUUAAUCUUUUGCCAAAAAUUAUAAACGGCGGCAUUGCCGGAAUUAUUGGCGUGUCUGUAGUAUUCCCAUUGGACUUGGUCAAAACAAGGCUGCAGAACCAGACCGUCGGGCCCAAAGGAGAACGACAGUACAAGAACAUGUUGGACUGUUUCAAACAGACAUACAGAGCGGAGGGCUACUUCGGUAUGUACCGAGGGUCCGCGGUGAACAUUAUAUUGAUUACGCCGGAGAAGGCAAUCAAGCUUGCCGCCAAUGAUCUGUUUCGUUAUCAUCUUACUCUACCAGACGGGUCUUUACCAAUAGUGCGACAAAUGUGCGCGGGCGCGAUGGCCGGCGCUUGUCAAAUAGUAAUAACCACUCCUAUGGAGUUAUUGAAGAUCCAAAUGCAGGACGCGGGCAGAAUAGCGGCACAAGCGAAAGCUGGUGAGAAUAAUCAACUUGUAUCUGGCAACACUAACAAAGUAGAGGGCAGAAAGUUCGAGCGUAUCACAGCGAUGCAAUUAACACGUAAACUUUUAAGUGAACGCGGUAUAUUUGGUUUAUACAAGGGCAUAACGGCGACCGCGGCAAGAGACGUUUCCUUCAGUAUCGUGUAUUUCCCGUUAUUUGCCACCCUUAAUGAUCUCGGGCCGAGGGAAAAUCCCAAUGAUGCACCACCAUUCUGGUGGUCGUUCCUGUCGGGGUGCGCGGCGGGCUCCACGGCGGCGCUGGCCGUCAACCCCAUGGACGUGGUGAAGACGCGCAUGCAGACCAUCACCAAGGGCACCAACGAGAGGCAGUACUCGUCCAUCUUUGAUUGUAUCACAAAAACGUUGACCCAAGAAGGUCCCACGGCGUUCUUCAAGGGUGGCGCCUGCCGAAUGAUUGUCAUCGCGCCACUGUUCGGCAUUGCUCAAAGUAUUUAUUAUAUAGGUCUUGCAGAAAACUAUCUAGGAAUAAAA